AAACCAUAUGAGAUUAUUCGGAAAAACAAUCGAAGAUGAGCCAUAGAAAUCUGUGAAACUGAACUGGGUUCUUAAAUCGAGCACGUUCACGGACUGCACUGAACAGUGCAGCCAGAGUCACGGAUUGCACAUAGAAGUUUGCAAAUCACCAACAACGUUCCAAACCCCCCAGUUUAAUUUCACAAUAUUGCAAACACUUGGAAUUUCCCAUAAAUGUAUAUCUUCUCUCAUGCCUUUUUGCAGCAUGUUUUGCUAAAAUCAAGUUUAUAGGGGGAAAAAAAAAAGUUUAUAAAAAAAAAACAUGUUGUGCUAAAAUCAAGUAAUUUCGUCCAUUUCUUACCCCUUUCCAUGUCAUAGUUAUUUUUCACGGGUUGCUCUUGUUGCUUCAGCUAUAUAUAUAUAUAUAUAUAGACCAUAUCCACUAUUAAAGCCCAAGAAGGAAUUAACACCUAGUGACAGUGUUUGAUUAAGGGACCCAAAAAUCAUGGGUUCGAAAGCUUCUGCCAUGUUCUUCAUCUUCUUGGUUUUCAUGUUGAUUGCAUUGCCACCAAUUCAAGCUUGUGUUCCUUGUACGCAGCCACAUCCACCACAUCCAUCACAUCCACCAAGUCAGCAUCCAAAACAUCCCAAAAUCCCUCCUCAUCCAAAACCACCAUCCGCAAAACAACCGCCACACCAUGGAGGCAGCCAUGGCCCCCCAAAAGUUUCUCCACCAUCCAAAAAGCCACCGGUUCCACCCGUUAUACCUCCACCCAUAAUAACACCUCCUAUCAUUAACCCGCCGGUCGUAAUCCCACCCCCCUCUUCUUCCUACCCACCUUACGUCGGCCCUCCACCUUCAGGCGGUGGUGGUGGGGGAGGUGGCGGCGGCGGUGGUGGUGGCGGUGGUGGAGGCAGCGUUCCUCCGGGUCAGAACCCUUCACCUUCCACCCCGCCUACUUGUCCCAUUAAUGCUCUUAAAUUAGGUCUUUGUGUGGACGUGCUUGGUGGGUUGGUGCAUAUAGGGUUGGGGAAUCCAGUUGAGAAUGCAUGCUGUCCGGUGCUUGGAGGAUUGCUUGAGCUUGAGGCAGCCAUUUGUCUAUGCACCACAAUAAGGCUUAAGCUUCUUAACCUUAACAUAUUCAUUCCUCUUGCACUUCAAGCUCUAAUAACUUGUGGAAAGACUCCUCCUCCUGGUUUUGUAUGUCCUCCUCUCUAAGUGUAAUUUCACGGUUAAAGAGUAGGUCUUCGGAUUCUAAUUUCUUAUGUUAGUUGAGGCUAGUGUUUAAUUUGGAUAUUGUUAUGACUUUAUUAUCUUGGGUUCCAUAGGUGCUUUUCUUGUGCUAUAAGAACUCAUAUUUCUUUGCGGUAGACAUGAGGGGAUGUCUGUGUUAAUUUAUUUUUAGUACGAUGUUUUCUGAGUGUUAAAUAAAAUUCCGAUCUCUUCUUCUUCUU